AUGGAUUUCAGAAUUGAAAUUAUGCAAGUCGUAAAUAAAUACUGCAAACGUCGUAAUCCAUUCCACAUCGACCCGUCUCCACAACAAUCUACGUACUCUAAUUUGUCUGUGAACGCAAACAAUAUUGCAUCCCCAGAGUCUCUGUAUUCAUCAAAUUCAUAUAUCGCUACUCCUCGUCAGUACACUGAACCUUCUGUAAACAUUGCUUCUACAUCUACGAGUAACACAUAUUUAGUAGAAUCCCCUGAAGUGUAUCAACGUUUGUACCCAAAUACAUCUACUACAAGUGACAAAACACAGGUGGCUACAUCAUCUAUACAAGCACUGUUAAACCAAAAUUUUAAUAAAUAA